CCCCGAGUGGCUCCACUCCCGCCGCGGAUGACUUCUGCUUCCUGGCCUAACCCUGACACGUACCGCUCCCCCGUGACAGCGACCAGGGCGGGUGACAGCCCAGGAUCGGGCGAUGCCCCCAGGCGGCGGGUGGACCGAGGCUCCUUCAGGUUUCUUGGCAUCUCCUUGGAUCUCCUGGACCUUCAUCUCCAGGGUGAAGGCUGUAAGGUAUUCCUGCUGGUCCCAGAAGCUCUGGUUGAGCCCACAGACCCUGCCUGGCCCUAGGCUCCUGGGAAGAGUGGAGUUGUCAGCAAGAGUGCUAGAGUGCUGAGGCUCAGCAGGAACAUGCCAGCCAACCAGAGCUCUCCCCAGUGGACUUUGUCCCAGGCUGCAGCGGAACAUGGCAGGUUGUGUGAGGUCUUAUUGUCAUUCGAGGAUGUGACUGUGGACUUCAGCAGAGAUGAAUGGCAGUACUUGGACCCUGCUCAGAGACGCCUGUACCGGGAUGUGACACUGGAGAACUACAGCCACCUGCUCUCAGUGGGGUACCAAGUUCCCAAACUAGAGGUCAUCUUCAAGCUGGAGCAAGGCGAGGGACCGUGGACAUUGGAGGGGGAAACCCCACAUCAGAGCUGCUCAGAUAAGAAUAUUGGGAAAACCCAACAACAGAGAAUUUCUGGAGAAGUUUCAUUCCACUAUGAGAAAUUUGGUCAAACCAUAGAAGAUGAUUCAUUGUGUUCCAUUUUAGAAGAAUUGUGGCAAGAUAAUGACCAGCUAGUGAGAUUUCAGGAAAACCAAAAUAACCCUAUAAGUCAUGUGAAAGUAUUCAUUAAAGAGAGGGGCUAUGAAUGUAAAAAUAUUGAAAAAAUAAUUCAUGUGAGUACCAAACUUGUUCCUUCAAUUAAAAUACUCCAUAACUGUGACAUAUUUGGAAAGAGUUUGAAGAAUACUUCAAACUUGCAUAAUCAUAAUAAAAGCAAUGCAACAUUGAAUCUUGACAAGAUUUUUGGAAAUGGCAACAAUUUUGCCCAUAGCUUUUCCUGUACUAAAAAUGAGAAUGCUAAUAAUACAGGAGCAAAUGCUUGUGAACAUAAUCAAUGUGGAAAACAUCUUGGCCACAAGCAAGCUCUCAUCCACCAUCAGAAAAUUCAUACUUGGGGGAAACGUUAUGUAUGUACUAAGUAUGUAAAGAAUUUCACCCAGAAACCAGAUCUCUUUGAACAUCAGAAAAUUCAUGCUGGAGAAAAAGCCCAUGAAUGCAACAACAGUGAGAAAGUCUUCACUCAGAAGCCCCAAAUUGAUGUAGCUCAGUGUGUUUAUACAAGAGAAAAACCAUGUAUAGGCACUCAAUGUGGGAAGGCUUUUACUCUCAAGUCAAACCUCAUUACACAUCAGAAAAUUCAUACUGGGCAGAAACCCUACAAAUGCAGUGAGUGUGGAAAGGCCUUUUUCCACAGAUCAUAUCUCUUUAGACAUAUGCGAAUUCAUACAGGAGAGAAACCUUAUGAAUGCAGCGAAUGUGGAAGAGGCUUUUCCCAGAAUUCAGACCUCAAUAUACAUCAGAAAACUCAUACUGGAGAGAAACUCUAUGCAUGCAGUGUAUGUGGAAAAGCCUUCACAAGAAAAUCAGCACUCAGGAUGCAUCAAAGAAUUGACACAGGAGAGAAACCCUAUGUAUGCACUGAAUGUGGGAAGGCCUUCAUCCAGAAAUCACAUUUCAAUACACACCAGAGAAUUCACACCGGGGAGAAGCCUUAUGAAUGCAGUGACUGUGGGAAGACAUUCACUAAGAAGUCACAACUCCAUGUGCAUGGAAGAAUUCACACAGGAGAAAAGCCUUAUAUAUGUAGUGUACAGUUGUGA